GUUUGCUGAUGAUGGAGCUGGAGCUGGAGGAGCAGCAGCAGUUGCAGAUCAGAUGCCUCCUCCUGACCAUCUUUGCUGCCAGUAUUGGUGGUACUUUCCAGUAUGGAUAUAACCUGUCAAUCAUCAAUGCACCGACAAUCUUCAUCCAAAAUUUUAUCAAUGAGACUUGGAUUGAGCGCCACAGCACUCAGCUGGAGAAUCAGGUCAUCACACUGCUCUGGACCUUUAUUGUGGCGAGCUAUUCUGUUGGAGGAUUGGUCGGGGCACUUAUUGCUGGACCUAUGGCUAUAAGGUUUGGAAGGAGAAAUUUGCUGCUGCUAAGCAAUGCUUUCAUCCUGGUUGGUGCUUUGUUAAUGGGGUUAAGCAAAACACUCAAAUCCUUUGAGAUGAUUUUAAUUGGGAGACUCUUUACUGGAAUAAAUGCAGGUGUGGGAAUGAACAUUAACCCCAUGUAUCUUGGUGAGAGUGCACCAAAGGAAAUCCGGGGCAUGGUGGCCUUGUCAUUUGCUCCAUUCACUGCAGCUGGGAUAGUGCUGGGACAAACCAUCGGACUUGAAGAGAUUUUGGGCACUGAAGAAUUGUGGCCGCUACUGCUGGCAUCUUGUGCAGUGCCAUCUCUGAUUCAACUCCUCACUCUGCCAUGGUGCCCAGAGAGCCCCAGGUAUCUGCUGAUUGACAGGGAGAAUCAGAACAAGUGCAUGAAAGCCUUGAAGAGAUUACGUGGCGAUGUUGACUUAACGACAGAAAUGGAUGAACUUCUGGAGGAGCAAACUGCACUCAAAGGUCAAAGUGCAAAAAGACUGUGGGAUUUGUUCCAAGACCGCUCUGUUCGUUGGCAGUUAAUCAUCACCUUGGUGCUGGGUAGUGCCAUACAGUUAAGUGGGAACGAUGCUAUGUAUUUCUACGCUGUGUAUGUGUUUAGUGCUGCAGGAAUUCCCAAUGAAAAGAUCCAGUAUGUCACAAUUGGAACUGGGUGCUGUGAAUUCAUCACUGCAGUAACAAGUAACCUGUUUAUUGAUCGGAUUGGUCGCAGAAUGCUUCUUAUGGGAGGUUACAGUUUGAUGGUUGGCUGUGGGAUAUUGUUCACCAUCUCACUCACUCUCCAGGACAAGGUCAGCUGGAUGCCAUACCUGAGCAUGAUUUGCAUCUUUGCUUCCAUCUUAAGUUUUGGGAUUGGACCAGCUGGAGUGACCGGAGUCAUACCAAUGGAGAUCUUUGACCAAACUGCAAGGCCUGCAGCCUACAUGAUCAAUGGCUCCCUGCUCUGGAUAAACCUUAUAGUUAUUGGGAUGACUUUCCCAUUUAUCGUUGAGGGACUGGGCAGUUUCUGCUACGUGCCAUUCAUUUGCAUGAGCUUCCUCACUGCCUUGUUCAUCGGAAUCUUCCUGCCAGAAACUAAAGGAAAGACCUUUCUGGAAAUUUCUGAGGAGUUCUACAGGCGUAACUUCAAGGAGCCUGUGAGGGGAAGUUGUGACUUCUGAAAAUAUUGUAAUUGUAUACAAUGCAUGUGUUUGCACGAUUUCACUUGUGAUAUCGAGCUAUCCUAUUUAUCGUCCAUUUCACUGGGUUCAGAAUUUAGGGAAGGUGUGGGUUUAUAAUUGCAUCUUCAUGCUAAUACUCAACCUUUGUUUCCUAUCCUCUCCCUCAGACCCUUGGGAGAGAAGCUUAGCAUCCUCAUGCCCAAAACAAAAAUGAAAUCAGCCUGUUGGGUUGAACGGGUUGAUUAAAUAUGUCAAAAUCAGAUUACCGACCCAUUCUGCCCAUUUCUAGCUUUAACUGAGGCAUGAUGUGAGUAGGAGAUUAGUUUGUUUCUCAAAGAGGGUUUAAUAUUAUAAAUAUAACAAUUCAGCCAUGAGCUGUAUUCUCUCAGCUUCUUGAAUGUGACUGUUCUCAACCAAACAAGGUGUGUGACUUUUUACCUACUUCCUGGAUGCCAGCAUACCUUCUGAGAAACCUUUGUGAUCAGCCUCAGAUCAGCACUAGCCUGACCUGGAUCUACUAAACCUUCCCUUAUUGCUUUCGUAUCAGACUGGGAGCCAAAACAGGCAAUCUGUUGGCUUUUGGACAAGAAUUAACCAACCUUUGCACUCAGUAACACUCCAAGCUCAUAGGGAGAUCUGCCAUCCGGGUUACUCAUGGCAUUCUGAGUGAAUGCAUCCUGCAAGUCAGGUUAGGAAAUAGCCAUGUUUUGUUUAUGUUCUGUGUUCUGGCCUCCUUAUCUCCAGUCAAUCCCAACCUAUUCGAAACGUAACCACCGCAUUCAAUACCUGUUACUAUUCAUACAUUGACUUUUCGUUCCACAAGGUAAUGCUUUUUUUAAAAAAAAUCCCUUGUCUGCUUCUUCAAUUCCUCUCUGACCUUGACCAUCUAUCUGAGUAACCCUUA